UCCCCGAGUGAAUCCAAUAGUUCCAGCCCCAAGCCCUUCACCGUCCCCGGCUCUUAAACCAAACAUGCCUUUAAAGAAGAAACUACACUAUAUUUCUAAACAAUUGGUGGAAUUCACAUGCUCUGAUGGGAGACAGCCUAUGUUGUUGUUUAUGGAGAAGCCAAGCAAGAAACUAUAUCCAGAGUAUUAUAAUGUGAUUGAUCGGCCCAUUGAUAUGCUCAUGAUUGAAGCAAAUAUAAAGAACGACCGCUACUCAUCCGUAGACGAGAUGGUAUCCGACUUCCGUCUAAUGUUCUCGAAUUGCCGCCAAUUCAACGAAGAAGGUUCCAUGAUAUACGAAGACGCGAACCUUCUGGAACGCGUUUUGAAUGAGAAACUUAAAGAGUUAAAUAGUUGCUAUGAGAGGAAGACGCCUAUGAAAACAUUCAAACCGGCCAAGUCGAGACAAUUGACGCCCUUCGAACAAAAGUUGAGGACGUUGUAUGAUGCUAUACGGGACUUUAGAGAUCAAAAGGCGAACCGUCAACUGGCCCUCAUAUUCAUGAAGCUCCCAAGCAAAACCGAAUAUCCGGAUUACUACGAAUUAAUAAAGAAUCCCAUAGACAUGGAGCGUAUCGCGCAUAAACUAAAGAACGGAGUGUACAGUUCAGUUAACGAGCUGGCGUCAGAUUUCAUACUGAUGUUCGAUAAUGCGUGCAAAUAUAACGAGCCGGAUUCGCAGAUAUAUAAGGACGCGUUGAUUUUGCAACGCGUUUGCUUGCAGACUAAGCAAAUGUUGAGAGAGGAUGACGACGCAGUACCAGAUGUGCCGGCAGCUGUGCAAGAGUUACUUCUUAAUUUAUUCACCACUGUGUACAAUCAUCAAGAUGAGGAGGGCAGAUGCUAUUCAGAUAGUAUGGCAGAGUUGCCAGAGCACGACGAGGCGUCCAACGGCGAGAAGGUGCGCGCCAUUUCCCUCGACCUGGUCAAGCGCAGGCUUGACAAGGGACUGUACAAGCGGCUCGAUCAUUUCCAACAGGACAUGUUUGCCGUUUUUGAGAGAGCCCGCCGCCUCUCCCGCACGGACAGCCAGAUAUUCGAAGACUCUGUGGAGCUGCAGGCGUACUACAUAGACCAGCGGGACAUCCUCUGUCGCAACACGCUGCUCUCGCCCGCGCUCAACUUCACCCGGGACACGAUGACCACCUCGGUGGAGCUGGUGAAGCAGUGCAAGCUGCUGCAGGAGAACGAUGAGGAUGAUGAAACCAGGUUAGCGUGAUGUGAUCGGUGAUUAAAUCUAUGUAGAAUGUAAUGUAAUGUAUGUUAGAACGAUU